AACAACCCCCGCCAGCUGGGGGUAGUUGCGUGGGUUGCACGAGAGAGAGAAACUGGGUCAGGCAGACUCGAGGCAGGCCGAGUCAGGCCGAGGCUCGAGAGUCGUCCAGGCGUUUUCGGCUGGAAGCAGUCCCUUGGAAACCACCCCGAAGCCCGUCGUCGCUUCACCAGUCUAUCGUCGAUCCAUCCUCCAGUCCUUCUCUACCGUUUACAACAGCUUCAUCCCCUUGCGAGCGCGAGCGAGAUCGAAGUAUUCGUACUCCAACUAUCCCACGAGGAGAUAGCAAGAAUUCGAAUUUCGCCCGGACACACUCACCGACCAGACUAAUGAGUUCCGAAAACACGUACUCGCUCUCUAGGGAGCACUGUAACUUGAAAUAUUCGGAUAUCCUGCCGCAGAAUGCCGAAGGUUAUCCAGCAACCAAGGAAUUCCUGAUGAAGGUAGUGGAUAUUCUAUUGGAUUUCAUCAAAUCAACGAAUGACAGAACUGCGAAGGUACUCGAUUUCCAUCAUCCCUCCGAAAUGAUGCGCCUCCUGGAUCUUGAAAUUCCCGAUUCUGGUUUGACUCUUCAGCAACUUCUCAUUGAUUGUUCCACCACCUUAAAGUAUCAAGUUAAAACUGGUCAUCCUCAUUUCUUCAAUCAAUUAUCCUGUGGUCUUGAUAUCGUUUCGAUGGCUGGCGAAUGGCUGACAGCGACAGCCAACACGAACAUGUUCACCUACGAAAUCGCGCCGGUGUUCAUUUUGAUGGAGCACGUAGUGCUUCAGAAAAUGAGGGAGCUGAUAGGUUGGAACGGUGGUGAUUCCAUCCUUGCACCAGGAGGUUCCAUCAGCAAUCUUUAUGCUUUUCUCGCUGCCAGACACAAAAUGUUCCCCGCUUAUAAGGAACGAGGCCUCGCUGCUAUCGGGGGACAGCUAGUUAUGUUUACGUCUGACCAGUGCCAUUAUUCGGUGAAAUCAUGCGCCUCUGUCUGCGGACUGGGAACGGACAACUGUGUGAUGGUUCCAAGCGAUGAUCGAGGACGCAUGAUCCCAUCGAAGUUGGAAGAAUUGAUUCUGGAACGCAAGGCUAGAGGACAUAUCCCUUUCUUCGUGAAUGCUACCGCAGGAACGACCGUCAUCGGAGCAUUCGAUCCUAUUCCAGAAAUCGCUGAUAUUUGCCAGAGACACAAGCUCUGGCUACACAUCGACGCGGCUUGGGGUGGUGGACUGCUUCUUUCAAGGAAAUACAGACAUCCCCGAAUGACAGGAAUCGAACGAGCCGACUCCGUAACCUGGAACCCGCACAAACUCAUGGGAGCGUUGCUUCAGUGUUCGACGAUUCACUUCAAGGAGGACGGAUUGCUGAUUAGCUGCAACCAAAUGUCCGCAGAGUAUUUGUUCAUGACAGACAAACUGUAUGACGUGAAAUACGACACCGGUGAUAAGGUGAUUCAAUGCGGACGUCAUAACGACAUUUUCAAGCUCUGGUUGCAAUGGCGAGCCAAGGGUACAGAAGGAUUUGAGAAACACAUGGACCGGCUGAUGGAACUCUCAGAGUACAUGGUCAGGCGGAUCAAACAGAUGCCUGAUAAAUAUUAUUUGAUACUGGAACCUGAAAUGGUGAACGUCUGCUUCUGGUACCUUCCAAUACGCGUUCGGAACAUGCCACAUACUCAGGAGAGGAUCAAGAUCCUUGCAGAUAUUUGCCCCAUUUUGAAAGGCCGAAUGAUGCAAUCUGGAACACUGAUGGUCGGUUACCAGCCGGACGAUCGACGGCCCAAUUUCUUCAGAAAUAUUAUCUCGAGUGCUGCGGUUACGGAAGCGGACGUCGACUUCCUACUGGAUGAAAUGGACCGGUUAGGCCGUGAUCUGUAAGAAACCCGCCCGUUCUAAUUAGUUGCGUAAUCAGCCGCCGCGAUGCAGUUGAUUAUAUCGCGACAUCGUAUCGAAAGUGAUUCCAGUUGAUAUUAGAAAUUCAUUUAACGAGCAGGAGAAUCGCGUCGCGUUUCAUUACGUGUACAAAAUUCGGAGGCCAAAUUCGAGACUCGCAUUCAUGAUUACUAACCUAAUCAGUGUGCACCGGCUCUCUCCUUUUCUCUUGUAGACCAAAAAAAUAUUCCCUUUUUUUAUUUUAUUUCUUCUUUUAAUGAAAACUUUUAGAUUUAGUUAAAAAAAUUCUUUCUAAAAAUUAAAUAAAAGAUAAGUUUUUAUUCGCAUUAAAGAAUAUCUUUCUAACUUAAAUUAAAUUAAAUUUCACUUGAGAAAAUUUUUGUUGAAAUUUCUAUUGCUACUAUCCAGAGCUUAACUUGAAUUUGGAUUUUUGGUACAAUAUCUGCAUCUAGGAAAAUGAAAAUUAAAAUUAUAAUAGACGAUCGUUUCGUUUGAAUAUUCUUUAAAUGUUCGAGCUUGAAAUUGACGACAGAAGAGAGUCGGUCACCGAAUCAUCGUUCGUAGCACGAGGAACGCUUCUUCAGCAUAUUACAAGGCAGCUACUGAAGAUCAGAGGAUACUCAUAGCAUGUAAGUUCUCUAGGUGUAAGCAUACAGCACAUCCACGAAACGAAGAAUCAAGUUACAAAGCUCUAGCGAUGCUUCCGGCCGUAAAUGUUACUAGUUUUCACUCCUUGGCGCUAUACCUAUUCACUAGAAAAGAAAAGGGAAACGAAGGAGUAGCAACGAUGCGUUUUCAUCAUAGAUUGAAACAAUAGUAAAAUAUAGUUAAUCGCGCUUAUAAUGACCGAGAGUUCGUUUAAUUAAUAUUUUAUUUCUUAGUGAAAAUACAUGACAUAUGCGCUGCAACAGUUGGCUCCGUAUCAGAACGUUAUUGAGAGUUACAGGAUUUAGAAAAAAGAUAGUCGAAAAUUGGUUUUGAUUACAUCAUUAACGUUGCGUAUGCCUCACAGGGAGGCAAUAAGUAAAAUAAAUAUAUUACGAGAAUAGUCACGAACGGAAAAAGAAACUCAGAAGAAUACUGAAUUAAUUAAAAAUUCGUUCGAAGAGAACGAGAUAGAUGUACAAAAUAUUUUUACUUGCAUCGGUACACUGCGGCGGAGUAAUAUAGAGAUAAAAAAUGAUAUUAGUUCGCUUAGAAAUGAUGCGCGUUACUUUAUUGAGAGACUAAAUGAAUUUGUUACUUAUUGAUCGUUUGCAAAGCUAUAAAAUAAAGAGGGCAGGCCUGCAUACAUUAUUAUUAUAUACAAAAUGUACGUAUGUUAUUAUUUAUUAUUGAAGAGUUUCACCACUAACGGAGAGUAAUAUUUAUUAAUAUACAUUAUAGGAAACUUGAAAAAAAAGUAUAAAUGUAUUUGAAACUAAAAAAAAAAAAGUAUAAGUAUAUAUAUAAAGAACAAAGCGUAUAUUAUAUACAAUAUAAAUAUAUAUAUAUUUAGCGUUGAGAUUUUAAAAUACAAAACACAAACCCAUGAAAGUACAUGCUUUUUCAAGUAUUCGUGCGAACGGUUGUCAUUUAGUUCGUCGAUUACCUUUAUACACUGUUGGAAACAUCUUAUUACGUAUUUGGUAAAGAAAUCUCUUAUUAAAAAUUAGUUCUGUAGUUUCGAAUCGCAUUCCCGUCUUUCACCUAACUUUUUAGGGGGACACUAUCGAUCGUUAGCUCCAUCACUUCUCAUACGUUGAUUCAUUUCGUUAAUACAAAAAAGAGAAACCAUAAAAGAGAGUUGCAUCUUUUUAACUAUAAAAUUUCGAUAUUUUUGCCUCGUAUGAAACGACGAAAGAAAUAUCAAUCUGUUCGGCAAUGAAAAUAUAAAAAAUGGCAACACUUAAGAACCGAACGACCCUAUAUAGAUUUUUCGAUUCACUCGCCAUUGAGUAAAAGAACGAAGAUGUCUUUAAAUUUAAGUAAAUACAAAAUAUCUAGGUGUAUAUUAAUAAGGGAGACCUAAAAUGUAUUUAUUGUAAAUCUACGAAUUUACUCGACGUUUUCAUUUCCCGUCGACACUUACCGAGCCGUCGAUAGAUCUUUUUCCAUUCACAAGAAAUUCGAGAACGAAUGAGAACAAAAUAAUAAAAGACAGAAUAGAAAACAAAGUAUAUACAGAGGCGAGAAAAUAACGUGCUAAGAUAAAGGGCCCCAUGCGAUAUUGUUUAAGUCGUAGAACAUUAUCGAUAUUCCUGUUACGCAUGAUUCGAGUCAACUUUUAAUAAUAUUCAUCUAAAGCUGACGUGAAAUGGAAUUCGUGAAUUGUAAUGUAAAAUCGAAACGAUAUCAUGAUGCAUUAGACAAUACUAGGGGAGCAGAGGGUAUGUAUUUUUGAAGAAAAAAAAGGAAACAAAUGAAUGACGUUUAUCUGACCACGAUUACCGAUACCUGCAGAAGAGACAUUCUAUCGAGCCGUUGUUGUUAAUUGUCCAUAAUUUUAUCAGCGUUAUCAAUUUUUUUAAUCACCAGUCGUUGAUACUGCCGACUGAAUGGCUGAUUUUACUUCGACGAAUUCACUCGUAUUCUAACGUAAUUAAA